AUGCCUACGAACAAGCGAGGGUAUGUUUAUAAUCAUGGACCAGGCAAAGCGACAGAUUGGUCUGAGUCUUAUGCCGAAAACUGCCUAGCGCGAACUGGAGGAGCUGCCGGACCAAGAGGCCCAAGCUCCAAAACCAGCAAAAGCCGCCGGAGUGAUGCGCAACGACGCGACCACGAAUUGCGCAGCACAAUUAAGAACGCGAAGCGGCGACUGAAAAGCCAAUUGCAUAUACCAUCGACCGGACUGUCUGCCGAACAGUUCAUCGCGACCGUCAAACCCACGGUAUACGACCUUGACAAGCCCCGUCCACUCGUCCCGGAACAGUAUCGCGAUACCUGGUUCAACACAUUCUGGAAUAAUCAGGCACCACAAGGGCAUAUCAAGAGGUCGGGAGUGUACAAGCUAGCAGCCUACUUUUGCGAGUUUGUAUACAAGGAGCUCGAAAAGCAUUGCAAGUGCGGUGAGAUACGGUCAACCUCAGUGGGCAAUUUUGCUGUUGACUGGGCUGGGAAUAUCGAGUUACCAGACUCAGAAUACAGUGACUGUGCGUCGGACUACAGCUACAGUUCUGUCUUGCGACUGGAAACUCCAGAAAUAGAUUUGCCGGACGUGGAGCCCGAAGUGUCGGCUGCAGCAAGCAAUUGUUUCGGAGUUAUUGGCGGCAACCAGGCUUUUCCCAACAUCUGUUCUACGCUACCAGAUUCUUGGUGGUCUUUUCCACCUGACGAGAGUAAUCCAUGGAUAGGUGACCAGACGCAAAAUACAUCAGCUUUAGCGAAUCCUUUCUCCUCUGGGGCUGGUCCCUGGCGUUCUUCCACUUCGUCUUUUGGACUCCCAGCCAUGGAUUCUGGACCCAAAGUCACCGAGUUCCUGAAGGGAGUCAACAACCUCAUUGCUGCCCGAGAUGGAGCACAACUCCAGGCUUGGCUACUCAUUGAACCUCCUUUCGCAAACGACUAUAACCAGAUGAUCGCCGAACUACGGCAAGCAUAUCCACGAACAGAGCCACCUGAUGGCCAAUGGUCGACACUGGAUCCUAAACUGGAGAUGAGAUGCGCUGCGCUGUUGCCAAUAGCUUCGCAGGGGGUUGAUGAUGUAACCUGGGGUGCGUUUACGAAAUUCAUGGCACAAUACCUGGCCUACAUACGAGAUGUGGACGGAAACGAUAUCAAGGGCGCAUACGACUUGCUGAGUGAGCUUGUUGGGAGGACCAACGGUGCCUUGAGCAGUCCUGCAUUUGGUGAAAUCAUCUUACCGACAGCUGUGGGCUACUGCAAGACACUCACGUCGUUUUCGAUACUGCUGGACAAACGGAACGACAUACCGCGCAUGAUUGCUGAAGAUGGAACUUCAGAGUCGCUGCCCGAAAGAGCGGCGAACACAGUACGCGUUAUCUUCACAACCUGCUUGAACGACCGGACACCUGUCAAAGGUGGACGGCCAGAGGGCAAGAAAGCAGCGAUUUAUACCAUCGCUAACACAUGUCUAAAAGUCCUCUUCGCAGCCAAGAAGGUCGGCGCCACCGAGCAAAUCUUCAACAACAUCCAAAACGCCUCUCCUCCACUGUCCCUCUAUCCCGCAGCCGAGCGUGUCACAUAUCUAUACUAUCUCGGUCGUUUCCACUUCUCCACCGGCCACUUCUACCGUGCAUCCCUCGCCCUGCAAUCCGCAUUUGACCAAACGCCAUCAUACUACCCCAGACAACGCCGCGCCAUUCUCAUCCACCUCAUAACAAGCAACAUCACCCUGGGCCGGUUCCCAACUCACGCCUGCUACGCACUCCCUGAAGCCCGAGGCCUACACUCCAAAUUCAGCCCCCUCAUCGACACCAUUCGCAAAGGCCACCUCGAGCGCUUCCGUCGCCUCACCUCGCUCUCCCUCCUCAACGACCCCACGCUCCACCCCUCGCCCCCAGCCCAAUGGCUCUACAGACACGCCCUUCUCCUCCCCCUCCGUCGCACCGCCCUCGUUCUCGUCCACCGCACACUCCUCCGCAAAAUCUUCAUCCUCUUCGGCGACCCAGGCGACCCGACCGCCCAGAAACCCCCGAACCUCGACCUCGCUAUUACAGCCCGCCUCUUCGCCUGGCUCGAAGUCCGCGCCCUCCGCCCCCAGAGCCAGGUACCCCAGGAACCCGCCGGCGUCCGCAACCUAAACCACAUCUUCGGCCCCACCACCGCCCUCCACGGCCCCGAAGACUUUGCCGCCAUCCCAUGGUCCAAAAACCGCUUCGUGCACGCCGACCUACACGACGAAAGCCCCACCACCACCACCACCACCACCACCACCAGCAACAACAACAACAAACCCAACAACACAACCCUCCUCCCGCACAACCGCCCCCCCUUACCCGACGUCCCCGAAAUCGAGGCUCUAGCCGCCAGUCUAAUGCAGCAGGGCCUACUCAACGGCUACAUGUCGCACCGCGGCAAGAAACUAGCCCUGUCUGGUGCUCGACGCGAGGGCGGCGCGCUGAAGAAUGGCUUUCCCCCUGUUUACGCGGCGCUUGUCGCGCGCUGUGAUGCCGAUGUGCCGGGCUGGAAACGCGAUGAGGCUGUUGUUGCUAAUGGCGGUCGUGGUGCUGGUGGUGGCGCGCAGAGGUUUGGACCCGGGAUGGUGGUUAAUUUGUCGGGGGCUAGGCCGGUUGGGUUUUGAGGGGUUGGGUUGGGUUGGGUGGUUUGGGAUUGAGGGGUUGAGGGGUCGAGGGGUUGAUGAGUUGAUG